AUGGAUACACUAAAAUGGAUUAUUCUCUUAGUUUCUGUACCUGUAAUUUUAUGUGAAAAAACGACAUGUGAAACAGAUAGGAAUUGCACAAUUCUUAUAAAUUCCGAAUGCAAGGACGGUAUAUGCACUUGUAAGAAAUAUUUCUUUGAGCAAGCCGAGCAAUGUGCAGCAGGACUGGGCGCGGAGUGUAAGAAGAACGAUGAGUGUCAAAGAAGGAAUUCGGAUUGCCAGAACAGCAAAUGCGCUUGUAAGAAAUAUUUCUUUGAGCAAGCCGGGCAAUGUGCAGCAGGACUGGGCGCGGAGUGUAAGAAGAACGAUGAGUGUCAAAGUAUAAAUUCCGAAUGCAAGGACGGUAUAUGCACUUGUAAGAAAUAUUUCUUUGAGCAAGCCGGGCAAUGUGCAGCAGGACUGGGCGCGGAGUGUAAGAACAACGAAGAGUGUCAAAUAAGCGAUUCUGAGUGUCAAGAAAAGAAGUGUACUUGUAAGAAAACUUUCUUUGAGUUUCAUGGAAAAUGUAAUGCAGGAGGACUGGAUGCGGAGUGUACGACCGACAAUGAUUGUCUAAUAAGAGAUUCUGAGUGUCAAGAAAAGAAGUGUACUUGUAAAAAAACUUUCUUUGAGUUUGAAGGAAAAUGUAAUGCAGGAGGACUGCACGCAAACUGUACGACCAACGAUGAGUGUCAAAUAAGCAAUUCUGAGUGUCAAGAAAAGAAGUGUACUUGUAAAAAAACUUUCUUUGAGUUUGAAGGAAAAUGUAAUGCAGGAGGUAAGAUGCCUGUUGUCCAUCUAAUAAUGACCCAUUUUAAUUCAAUAUUUGUUUUUUCAUAG